GUGUCAGAACUUCCGGGAGGGACCGCUCCCAGCUUCUAACCUCCAUAACCCCUAGAGAAGUGGGGACGGGAGAUCCCACCCCCUUGGGAAGAGCAGAGGAUGUCCGACCACCCCCUGCCCACGCUGGAACUGGGAAAGAAAGGCUGCAUCCUGGGAUAAGGCUGAAGAUGGAAACAUCGAAUAUAAACUGAAGCUGGUGAAUCCAUCCCAGUACCGCUUUGAGCACCUGGUGACACAAAUGAAGUGGCGGCUCCAGGAGGGACGCGGUGAGGCUGUCUACCAGAUUGGGGUGGAGGACAAUGGGCUGCUGGUGGGGCUGGCUGAGGAGGAGAUGCGGGCCUCCCUCAAGACCCUGCACCGGAUGGCAGAGAAGGUUGGGGCAGACAUCACUGUCCUUCGGGAACGAGAGGUGGAUUAUGACAGUGACAUGCCCCGGAAGAUCACUGAGGUGCUGGUACGGAAGGUCCCUGAUAACCAACAGUUCCUAGAUCUCCGUGUGGCUGUCCUAGGGAAUGUGGACUCAGGGAAGUCAACCUUGCUUGGCGUCCUGACCCAGGGAGAGCUGGACAACGGGCGGGGCCGGGCUCGACUCAACCUUUUCCGCCAUCUGCAUGAGAUUCAGUCUGGCCGAACCUCCAGCAUCAGCUUUGAGAUCCUGGGCUUUAACAGCAAGGGAGAGGUGGUGAAUUACAGUGACUCACGGACAGCAGAAGAGAUCUGUGAAAGCAGCUCCAAGAUGAUCACCUUCAUCGACCUGGCUGGCCACCACAAGUACUUGCACACCACAAUCUUUGGCCUCACCUCCUACUGCCCAGACUGUGCCCUGCUCCUCGUCAGUGCCAACACUGGAAUUGCUGGCACCACACGGGAACAUCUGGGGCUGGCCCUGGCCCUGAAAGUGCCAUUCUUCAUCGUGGUCAGUAAAGUGGACCUGUGUGCCAAGACCACAGUGGAGAGGACAGUACGCCAGCUGGAGCGGGUCCUCAAGCAGCCUGGCUGCCACAAGGUCCCCAUGCUGGUCACCUCUGAGGACGAUGCUGUCACUGCUGCCCAGCAGUUUGCCCAGUCACCCAAUGUCACCCCUAUCUUCACACUGUCCAGUGUGUCUGGGGAGAGUCUGGACCUUCUGAAAGUCUUCCUGAAUAUCUUGCCGCCACUCACCAACAGCAAAGAGCAGGAGGAGCUCAUGCAGCAGUUGACGGAAUUCCAGGUAGAUGAAAUCUACACAGUACCAGAGGUGGGCACUGUUGUUGGAGGAACUCUUUCCAGCGGGAUUUGUCGUGAGGGAGACCAGCUGGUGGUAGGCCCCACAGACGAUGGCUGUUUCCUGGAGCUGAGAGUAUGCAGCAUCCAGCGCAACCGCUCUGCCUGUCGUGUGCUGCGAGCUGGUCAGGCUGCUACCCUGGCCCUCGGGGACUUUGACCGUGCACUGCUACGCAAGGGCAUGGUGAUGGUGAGCCCGGAGAUGAAUCCUACCAUCUGCUCGGUGUUCGAGGCAGAGAUAGUCCUACUGUUCCAUGCCACCACCUUCCGACGAGGAUUUCAAGUAACAGUACAUGUGGGCAACGUACGUCAGACAGCAGUGGUGGAAAAGAUUCAUGCGAAGGACAAGCUUCGGACAGGGGAGAAGGCAGUGGUACGUUUCCGUUUCCUGAAACACCCAGAAUACCUGAAGGUGGGCGCCAAACUACUAUUCCGGGAGGGUGUCACCAAGGGCAUCGGCCAUGUCACUGAUGUGCAAGCCAUUACAGCAGGAGAAGCCCAGGCCAGCAUGGGCUUCUGAGUCCUCCAAGCAAGAACAGCUUUAUUGUUGUCCCUACAAUACAUAAGGUGAUUUCUGGCCAUGCUGCCCACCAUUGGCAGAUCUGAGUGUUAAUGGGUUAGGGACGAGUACCCUCUGCCACUUGCUUCUUGCUGCCUUUGUGGAGAGUUGUCUAGCUUGGUGUGCCCAGGGAGGGGCAGUCCUGAGGAAGAAGAUUCAGGGCUCAGUGGCUGUGUGCCCACCUGGUUAGCUCAUCAACCCUGGCAGCUGCAUGACCUAUCCAUCGGAGGGAGCGGACUCCAGCCACCUGGGCCUGCUUAUCAGGACUUGACAUGGCUCAUGAGUGUGAUCUCUGCACUUCAGGAAUUGUCACCACUGGGGUGGCCCUUGAAAGCACUUCUUUUUUCAUACCUCUUCUGAAGGCCAUGUAAGUUGCCCAUUUCUACCUGAUUGUGCACAAAAGAUAGUGCUCCUAGGCAUCCGGUAAUUCCAGGGUCUGAAUGGCAGACAUGAAUUACAGUGCUCCUACCCUGUGCUAAGACCUGAGGCCUAUUCCUGGCUUUAUCUUCCUUCACUCAAGGCCAUUUCCCCAGAUCUUCCUCUCAUUGGCCCCACAGGUGCUAUUUGUGGUGCUGGCCCAGGCGUGGGGCUGCCAAGCUGAGACUUGGCACACCAAAGGCCAGCUGCAUGUCAUUCAGUUUCCUCUUCAGUCAUAUGAUAUGUUGACUUCAUGCUAGAUCAAAUAGUGUUUUCCUUUCCCAAUCUGCUAGCUGCAGGACCUGACCCACAGUUCUGCAUCCUGGCACCCCUUAUCUCCAUUCCUGCUCCCACAUAAAUUUUCUCUUCUUUUAGUAAUUUGUAGUUACCAUCCCCUUCCCUCUGUUGCAGGGACCCAGGAGGAAAGGGAAAGAUGUCAUAUUUUCCUAAUCUAGGCAUGGACUCCCUCCUUUCCCUUUGUUAGCAUCCUGGGUUCCUACGGACUCAGGGAUUUGUUGGUUGAAGAUUGUCUGCAUAUAUAUAUAUAUGUAUAUAUAUUUAAAUACACAUAUAUUGUACAGAAUAAAAAUGUUUUAUUGAAUAUACUGUGCU